UUUUUUUUUUUUUAAAUUUCCCGUAACACAACCAAGUAAACGAAGAUAUAUAUAUUCGUGGGUCUUCAAUAUUUUACUUUUCCUUCUAGUAGAAUCCGAGGACGGCCGCACAAUGAAGGCAAAUUCCGAACCCGUACAAAAAUCAAACUCUUGAAACAAAGGUUAUAAAUGAAAAAAGAUACGAAAAUGAUUGAUAGCCAAUUUCGAAAUAAGCACGAUGCUUCUUCGUAGCAAUGCACUACUUGAUAGCAGCUCAAGUUUUGAGAAUGCUUAGAAACAAAUCGUCUUUGGUUGUUGUAGCGGUGUCCCUUUUUUUUAUAUACGAAAUAAAAUAAGGAGUUUGAUGUUAUAUAUGUGGUAAAGGUGUUCAGUGUGCCCCCAGCGGUUCUUUAAAUGUUGCUUACUAUGACGUAUCUUGUAUGGCUAGUAUGCCAAAGGCAUGGAGUGUCAAGGGAAAUGUACCGAACUUUCUACGGGUCCGUGUACACAUGAACGCUUGAGUAGGUAACCUAAGAUGAUGUUGUUUCGUAUGAACCCGCGAAAAGUCAAAGAAAUAUUUGAAGUUUAUAGUGCAACAUGAAGGCGGGCUAGGACAAGUAUGUGGGCUCCCACCCUAGGAGUACCGAUUUAAGAUACGAUUAGCCGUCCCCUAGUUUAGAUCAUCCAUAAUGUAUUUCCCCAAAUCGCUCUCUUGACGUGUAAAUAAGGACGGACAAUAAGGGAGCCACGAGACGAAAAAAAAAAAGGAGAAACGCGUCGAAAACGCGUCACGAGCGAUUGCAUUUUAAUUCAUCCUAUUUGAAUCAUCAAAUGCUAUGUAAAAAAGAAGCAAUCUUGGUCGUGAAAAAUGAACAUAUGAAUAAAGCUUUACAAUCGACGAGUUAACAAAAGCAAUCCUUCCCUAUCCUGUACAAAAAAAAGAAACCGUGAUUAUAACCAAAUUAACAUAAAAAACCAAGAAUCCUUCUGUUUGGAAAAAGGAAAAGUAGAGUACCAUUGAUUUCUUAUAUAUAUUCACGGUAUUGAGGGGAUUAGAAUAUGGAGUCUGUGUGCAUAUACUCCGAAUGGAAAAUGAAAUUCUUUCUUUCAUGAAACAAGAGAAAAUUAAUGAUUCAUUUCUCAUUUUUUAUUUCUCUUGUUUUUACCUUUUUUUGGUUGAUAAAAUGAGAAUCGGCUCGAUUGUCCCUUAUAUUACUUUCGCGCUUCACCGUAAAUCUUGACUUCCCCACAAUCAAUCUAUUAAGCUCCGAUUCUACAAUUAGCAUAAUUCAUGGUUAUUAAAUGUAUGUAUUAACAAACAAGAAAAGAUGCUGGUUUGUUUAUUUUUUAAAAACAUGCAGUUCUUCCUUUUUAUUCAGCUUAAAUGUUCACAUUCUCAACCGUUUGAAUAAACAGCAAACGACGUGAUUGAGAAACACUGAUUCUCACUAUUUCACUGUGUUAGGAAAGAAAAAAGAGAAACUCAAACAGCUCUACUAUGGUCCGUCUUUAAGUCCGAUUUGAGUGCGUUCUUUUUGAUACCUAUUUUCUAAAAUACUUUGUUUAUUUUUUAAGGAUACCGUUGGAUGGUUUAAGUAUCGGUAACCGUGUUUACCGAUUUCCUAAAACCAACGUUAUGUGAUAUAUGCAUCUGUUUCCUAUGCUGGGUGAAGGCAGAAAUUUUUAACAUAAAACCAGCAAGCAUUCUCUUACAAUGCGAAGUAAAUUGUGUGAAUUAUGUGAUACCAAUCGCCCUGCGCUAGUACGUCCAAAGACUGGACAAAGGAUUUGCAAGGAUUGCUUCUACUAUGUGUUUGAAACAGAAAUCCACAAUGUCAUGACUGAAAACAAGUUGUUCCAUCGAGGAGAAAAAGUGGGUAUCGGUGCGAGUGGAGGAAAAGAUAGCACAGUUCUAGCAUACGUAAUGAAACUUUUGAACGAACGAUACGAUUACGGCAUUGAAUUGUAUCUAAUUAGUGUGGACGAGGGAAUUCGCGGAUACAGAGAUGACUCUUUGGCAACAGUAAAACGAAAUCAGCAGCAGUAUGCACUUCCAAUGACCGUGGUUAGCUAUGAAGAUUUGUACGAUGGAUGGACCAUGGAUAAUGUUGUUGCUCGUAUCGGGUUGAAAAACAACUGUACCUACUGUGGUGUGUUUCGCCGCCAAGCUCUGGACCGGGCUGCGCUGAAUUUGGACAUCCAUCAUCUAGUCACGGGCCACAAUGCCGAUGACAUUGCAGAAACUGUAUUGAUGAACUUGCUACGCGGUGACGUUGCUCGUCUUCCCAGAAGCACCGAAAUCACCACUCAAUCAGAUACUUCGCCUACGAAGCGCUCCAAGCCUUUCAAAUAUACCUACGAAAAGGAAAUUGUUUUGUAUGCUCAUUAUAAAAAGCUUGACUACUUUUCAACUGAAUGUACUUAUUCCCCCGAAGCAUUCCGGGGAACUGCUCGAGCCAUGAUCAAACAGUUGGAGUGCAUUCGACCAAGUUCAAUUUUAGAUAUUAUAUAUUCUGGCGAAGCUAUGCAACUUUCUGAUACAGUCCAAGAAAAACUUCCUCAACAAACGCAAUGCGAACGAUGUGGUUUUAUAUCCAGUAAUCGGAUUUGCAAGGCCUGUAUGCUUUUGGAAGGGUUGAAUACGGGCAUUACGGGUUUGGGUUUGGGAAGCGACAGGAAGACACGAAAGUUACAGUCCCAGACACCGGAAUGUGCCAAAGGAUAAUAAUGGCUAGCUUGUUAGUUAUUUGCAAGUGGUUUUUUCUGGCAAGGAUAUUGGGGUUUUGGAAUCUAAAAAAUUUAUUGUAGUUUGUAGU